AUGAUGACACCUGAAGACAACAGGCAUUCCGCGGCCGAGCGGGGUGAAGCCAUGGGCGAAGCCUUGCCAGUAGUGCAGGGUACGCCCAUAGGCGUUCCCGCCGCUCCUCAGAGACCCAUGGGAGCGGUCUUGGUGGCCGUGACACCUCUGACCCUAGAGGAGCAGGUCGUGCUCAACUACCGAACCGCGGUGCUCUGCUUUUCGGUCCUGGACUUUGCCACGACCCUGCUGAACAUCAUCGCAGGACUGGCCAGCACGAGGGACUUGGUUUGGUUCGCCCUGGCUAUCUUCAUCUUGGGGCCGCUGAGUGGCAUAUUGGGCGCUAAGCACUUGAACCGCAGCCUGGUCUCAGUUUACUUUGCCUUUUGUAUUUUAAAAGCUGUCGUGGAGAUUGCAUUUGCGAUCUACACCCUGUGGCUGUGGAACAUCAUUUUUGCGGUGGUGCAGCUGUGGAUCAUCAAGAUUGUGGCCACAUUCCUCUAUGCCCUGGGUCGAAUACCCCUGCAACGACGUUCGGAACUGUUGGACCUGAAGGAUGUGGCUGUUCGCAUGGUCUACUGGUAGCUGGUAGCUCGACACUCCAGCGCAGGGCAGGUGGCGUGACGACAGUGACCACUCGAACACCCUGCGUUUCGGUACCUAGAAGUGACCAGAAAACGUCCACCAUUGUGUAGCUUUGAUCUUUGGAACAGACUGUAAGUGUCGUGUUUCACAAACCUCUGGGUGGUGCCUUAAAUUGUUGACCUUAAACUAAAAACCAUGGCCAUGGCCUGACCAAAUUGCUGAAUGUUGGCCCAACUUUGGGAACCACCGUUUGGCGUUUGGGCCAAGCAAAAAUGUACAGUUUCGGCCCACAGGACGCGUUUUGUGUUUUGUCAGCUACGCCUGUCAAGAUACAGAAUUUGACUGCGAUCUAGCUGCUGUGGGGUUGCCAAUGUAAAGAACCUCCAAUCUGCAACGGAACUGUGUCAAAAC